AUGCCUCACGCCGACUCCUCCUAUUUUUACGGCCAGACCAAGGAAGAGGUCUACUCACAGCUUCUGGACCAAGCGAAAGGUCUUCUCGAUGGACAGCGCAAUUGGGUGAGCACAUUCACCUCCACAUCACGCGACCACCUCGAUGCGCUUGAAUUGCGCCUUGCGACCCUAUCAAGCGAGCAACAAGGAACUGACUCUUCCGCCAGCAACCUGUCGAACAUCUCCUCCCUCCUCUGGCACGCCUACGCCGCUCUCCCCUCCCCAUCUUCUGCAGUCAACUGGGCCGGCUUCUACAUUCGUGAUGACAAGUUCCCCGCUCUCGCCUCGCCAAUUUCCUCGCCCCCGCUGCCCGGCGCACCGGGCCUUGGUGGUGUAACCAUCUCGACGACCUACGCAUCCCACGAAGACCAGAUCUUGCUCCUCGGUCCCUUCCACGGCAAGCCCGCCUGCCAGCAGAUUCGUUUUGGAAAGGGUGUGUGUGGCACCGCUGCCGCUAGCCAGAAGACUGUCAUUGUCCCCGAUGUAUUGCAAUUCCCAGGUCACAUUGCCUGUGAUGCCGAUAGCCGGAGUGAGAUUGUCGUGCCUAUCAUUAUUCGCGGAGAGACCGUCGCCAUCAUUGACAUCGACUGCACCCUCCCCUCUGGCUUCGACGAGGAAGACCAGAAGUACCUCGAGAAGCUUGCCGAUCUCCUGGCCGAGAGCUGCGAUUGGUGA